GCAGACGGGGGGAGGCGGCGGCGGCGGCUGGCAAACCCGGCGGGUGCGGAUCGAGACGAUGAGCCCGGAGGUGACGGACUCCAACCCGUACAGUCGCCUCAUGGCGCUGAAAAGAAUGGGAAUUGUGAAAGAUUAUGAGAAAAUCCGUACCUUUGCAGUAGCAGUAGUAGGCGUGGGUGGAGUUGGCAGCGUAACCGCUGAAAUGCUGACAAGAUGUGGCAUUGGUAAGCUACUCCUGUUUGAUUACGAUAAGGUGGAACUGGCAAAUAUGAACAGGCUCUUUUUCCAACCCCAUCAAGCAGGGCUAAGUAAAGUAAAAGCGGCAGAGCACACCUUGAGGAGCAUCAAUCCUGAUGUCCAGUUUGAAGUACAUAACUACAAUAUCACAACGGUGGACAACUUUCAACACUUUAUGGAUAGGAUAAGCAUUGGAGGAUUAGAAGAUGGGAAACCUGUUGAUCUUGUAUUGAGCUGCGUGGAUAAUUUUGAAGCUCGCAUGGCAAUUAACACAGCUUGUAAUGAGCUUGGACAGACAUGGAUGGAAUCCGGAGUGAGUGAAAAUGCAGUCUCCGGUCAUAUCCAGCUGAUCAUACCCGGUGAAUCUGCUUGUUUUGCGUGUGCACCUCCCCUUGUCGUAGCAGCAAACAUCGAUGAGAAGACCCUAAAACGAGAGGGAGUUUGUGCUGCCAGCCUUCCCACCACGAUGGGAGUGGUUGCAGGCCUUCUUGUACAAAAUGUACUUAAAUACUUGUUAAAUUUUGGCAGUGUGAGCUUUUAUCUUGGCUACAAUGCGAUGCAGGAUUUCUUCCCCACCAUGGUGAUGAAGCCCAACCCACAGUGUGAUGACCGAAACUGCAGAAAGCAGCAAGAAGAGUACAAGAAAAAAGCAGCAGCAAAUCCAAAAGAAGACAUCUUUGAAGAAGAAGAAGAAGUAGUACAUGAAGAGAAUGACUGGGGCAUAGAGCUGGUUUCGGAAGUUUCAGAGGAAGAGUUGAAAGCUGCUUCCGGUCCAACUCCUGAUCUUCCGGAAGGAAUCAUGUUAGCAUACACAAUACCAGACAAGGAAGAGAAAUCUAUAGAUGAAGCGCCUGUUACAGAGACAGAGGAAAGUCUAGAAGAACUGAUGGCUAAGAUGAAGAGCAUUUAACACAAACGAUUUUUCAAACAUUAGCUGCUCG